CAUAGGAAUUUUAAUAGUCUCUGCACUUAAGGAUGAUACAAAUAAUGGUAGAUUUGCAGCAAGAGAGUAGUUUGCCUCGGCUUUCCGUACAUGACACAACAAGUAGAAGAAACUCGGGUUUACAAUGGAAGAAUCCAACAGGAAAGGGCAUCAUACUGAGAUGUACAACAGCCCUGAACUAAUUUUACGGAGAGGUCAGUCAUUUUGGAUAACACUGGACUUCGACAGGCCUAUUCAAGAAUGGGAGAGCAUUGUGUUCACCGCACAGACCGGUCCUUUGAAUGCAAAGUUUUACAACAUCAAUGUAGAAUUCCCUUUGUCGAACUCAUGGUCCAGUGGAAGAUGGAGCGCUGUCCUGGAGAGCGCUCCUGGCAAUUCUCUACGAAUUAUAAUGUCCAGCCCAGCCAAUGCAGUCAUAGGACGCUACAACCUUACUGUUCAGAUAUGUAUUAUGGGCAAUACAUCAACAUACUCGCUUGGAAAGUUCAUCCUGCUUUUUAAUCCCUGGUGCCUUGAUGAUGAAGUGUAUAUGGCUAAUGAAGAUGAGAGGAAUGAAUACAUUCUGAAUGACAAUGGCAUCAUUUUUAUUGGCAGCGACAAGCAUAUAGCCAGCCUAGCCUGGAACUUUGGUCAGUUUGAAAGCAACAUUUUGAACAUCUGCCUGGAUAUGCUGGACAGAAGCCUGAACUAUCGUAAUGAUCCAGCAGCAGACUGCUCCAAAAGAAACAGCCCAAUGUAUGUGGGAAGAGUUAUUAGUGCAAUGAUCAACAGCAAUGAUGACUAUGGUGUGCUGGAAGGAAAGUGGGAAAAAGAAUUUUCUGAUGGUGUUGACCCAAACAGUUGGACUGGAAGUGUGGAAAUUCUUUUGAAGUGGCAAAAGGAAGCCUAUCAGCCUGUCAAAUAUGGCCAGUGUUGGGUGUUUGCAGCUGUCAUGUGCACUGCCCUCAGAUGCCUGGGCAUUCCAACCAGAGUGAUCACAAACUUUAACUCUGCCCACAACACUGACGGAAAUCUAUGCGUUGACUUGCACUAUGAUAAUGAUGGAAAGUUCAUGGAGAUUUCUGAUGACAGUAUCUGGAAUUUCCAUGUUUGGGAUGAAUCCUGGUUUUUGAGGAAAGAUCUGGGACAGUUCUACGGCGGUUGGCAGGUCCUGGAUUCAACCCCUCAAGAACAGAGUCAAAAUGUUUAUCGCUGUGGCCCUACGUCUGUCAACGCUGUGAAAGAGGGAGAUGUGCACCUGCCAUAUGAUACUCCAUUUGUCUACUCAGAGGUGAAUGCUGAUCGUGUUACUUGGGUCUGCCACAAAGAUGGCAGAAAGGAGCAAGCCCACAGUGACACCAAAGCUGUGGGCCAAUUUAUUAGCACCAAGGCUGUUGGAAGCAAUGAACGUGUGGACAUCACACAUUGCUACAAAUAUCCGGAAGGUUCCCCUAAAGAAAGGGAGGUAUUUGAUAAAGCCAAUCGAAAACUAUCUAAUUAUAGACCACCAACAGAUAAACCCAAUGAUGUAAAUAACACAAGAGAUAGAAGAGCAACAAAUGAGGUAUUAAUGGACAAUGCAGAAAACUCAAGGCCACGGUCAAAUACCCUGCCAUCAAGACCAACAGCAAAUACGUUACGUCCAUCAAGACCUACACCAAAUGUACCACUUUCCAGACCCAUGUCAAAUUCAGUUGCCUCAAUACCUUCAGCUGUUGAUUGGCCAUCAAGACCCAGAACCAAUACAAUGUAUUCAAGAGGCAUAGCAAAUGGAUUCUCUUCAAGAUCUACAGAAAGAUUAUAUAAUCCGAGAACACCACCACUAAAUACAUUCCCAGAGAGACCACCACCACUAAAUACAUUCCCAGAGAGACCUCCACCACUAAAUACAUUCCCAGAGAGACCUCCACCACUAAAUGCAUUCCCAGAAAGACCUUCAUUAGAUGGGCCAGAUAUUGCCGGAAAAUUCAAGCUCCUUGGUCCACUUGCAGUGGGAGAUGACAUUAAUCUUCUCUUAUCUCUAAGAAACCUCACUCCUUACCACAGACAAGUAAUUGUAAACCUAAGUGCUUCUUGCAUCCUUUAUACAGGAAGACGCAUAAAUGACAUCUUUCAGGAUCAAAAAUCUCUAAUUAUCAACCCAAGUCAAGAGGGGCAUAUAUCUUUACAAAUCCCAUACUCCCUCUACGGCAACUUUCUCACUGACGGAAACAUGAUACAGAUGGUUGCCGUUUGUGAAUUACCAUUCCGUAAGAAAGUGGUUAUAACAAAGGAACUAGUCUUAGACAACCCACCAAUCAGCAUCAAGCCCCUAGAGAUGGCAGUCCUUAACAGGAAAAUGAUAGUGGAAGUCCGGUUUACAAACCCCCUGUCAUUUGUAGUCAAAGACUGUACUGUAGCAGUGGAAGGAGCUGGGCUUAUUGAUCGACAACUCACGGCUGUGGUGCCCUACAUCAAACCUAAGCAGAAUAUAAAAUUCAAGGUGGAGCUAACCCCAUUCAGGAGUGGAACAAAGCAAGUGAUAGUGCAUGUUAAAUGUAGAUAUUUUUCAAUUAAGGGACACCAUCUGCUGAAUGUGGUAUCUUUGUAGCUUUUUUUUCUUGGCAUAUCUAUAAUAUAUUUAUACUGUAUUUUUCACUGUCCGCAACUACAGGUUACAUCCAAAACACAGAUUUGAAAAGUUGUACAGUGCAUGGCAAUAAUGGAGUCAAUGCUGCACAAUUGUUACCCAGUAAUGAAGGUUAUAUCAGUAUCUAGAACAUGUAUGAAGUUCUAGUUAAUAGAAACAGACUUCCAUUAACAUGUUACUGUGGCAACCAGAAUAAUUACCUAAGUAAUGAUUCAUGAAGAAAUGCUCAUUCCUAUCAACAUACACUCAGACACCACAUUAAAAUCGCCCAUAAAGAUGACAUUACCAGCAAUUAAACACAAAACAUGAAGUCAUCAAAAAUAUACCAAGGUAGAAGAACCAAAUGAUACAUAGAAAUGGAAUUUCAUUGAGUAACAGAGGUUAAAAAAACACCCUCUAUUGCUGCAUGAAAGUCUACUGAAACCAAAAGCAGCUUAAUAUCUAAAAAUGUGGUCCUGUUUUAAAUGUCUUGCCUAGAGCUGUUUGUAGGUCCAAGGCAGUGCCAUUCCCUCAUCAAUCAGUGCAUGAUCAGGAAAUUUGUACCCACCCCUUGCAUUCAUCUCCAUCCCUAUCCAAUGGCAUAUUGGGUGAAUCUGUUUUUAUUUCCUUCUAUAUAGGUACCCAAGGAAUAGCUAACGCUGCCUCUUUAGGCACUGGCCCUUGGGUGCCAAUAUAGAAAUAUGGCCCUGAUCUUAAGAGAUAAAUAAACUGUAUGAACAUGCAUAAAUCAAGAAUAGCCUCCAAACAGGGAUUUUAUACUAAACAAUUAUUUUCUGGCACUACUGAUUAGCAGACACAAUUGAACUGCUGAGAAUUUGUUUUAUUUAGACCUAUAAGAUAGUUACAGGACCAAGAGAAUGUUUUACAUUGUUAAGAAAUGAAGUCUUUUUACGGCUAAUAACUUAUUUUGACAGCAAGCUAAAUAGCUCUCUAUCAAUUGAAUGAAGCACUUUUUGACUCAUUUGUUUUAACCAUAGCAGUUAAAUAUGUAGCUGGGUCUAUUUUUAUUUAACAUGUAUAGAUUUUAUAAUACAAUAAAUAUAAUCUGUU